AUGUGGAAGCGAGGACAUGGUGGGUCCUCCGGUGUGAAAUUCCGGAUUUCCCUGGGUCUUCCCGUAGCAGCCGUGACCAACUGUGCUGACAGCACAGGAGCCAAAAAUCUGUAGAUGAUCUCGGCGAAGGGGAAGAGAUGGAAUCGGCUUCCUGCUGCUGGUGGGGGUGACAUCAUGACGGCCAGAGUGAAGAAAGGCAAACCAAGUUCAGAAAGAAGGUAUAUCCGGCAGGUAACUGGACAACGCAAGUCCUACUGGAGAAAAGCCGGUGUGUGUCCCUGUUUUGAAGGUAACGUGGGGGUCACAGUGAACAGUAAAGGCGAAAUGAAAGGUGCUGCAGUCACCGGACCAGUUGCAAAGGAGUGUGCACACGUGUGGCCCAGGAUUGCAGCCGCUGCGGGCAGCACUGCAGGAUUCUUUGAAAAUGGACAAAGGAAUAAUACCUGCAUUUCCUACGGGUUCUGUCGAGAUUAA